CAGAGAGCGCCUGCAGCCUCCGAGGGCUCUCCAGCUAGGGAAGAGAGCCGAGCCGAGCGACGGGGCCCAGCCUGACCUGCGCAGCCUGAAGCCGCUGGCAUCCCCUCAGCCCCGGCCAGCGGAGGAGCGGAGGCAGCGCCUCAGCCGCCACCAUGGUGAAGGUGUCCUUUAACUCGGCCUUGGCGCAGAAGGAGGCCGGCAAGAAGGAGGACGAGGAGGGGAAGGAAGGCGGAGGGCUGGGCCAGGUGCUCAUCGUGCCUGCAGACGGCCAGGAUCCCGAGUUGGUGGUGCCUGUUCGACAAAGGAGAGCUUGCUGUUGGUGUUGGUGUAUGUGCUUUGGACUGGCUUUUAUGCUUGCUGUUGUGAUACUUGGGGGUGCCUAUCUGUACAAGUAUUUUUCACAUCAGGAAAACGGUGUUUACUUCUGCGGAAUAAAGUACAUUGAGGAUGGCUUGGCUUUAACAGAACCUGACGUGGGUGCUCCAGCUCCUCGUUACCAGAUAAUCGAAGAGAACAUUCGAAUCCUGGAAGAGGAAGACGUCGAGUUCAUCAGCGUGCCCAUUCCAGAGUUUGCGGACAGUGAUCCGGCUGACAUCGUACAUGAUUUUCAAAGGAGACUUACAGCUUACCUUGAUCUUAGCCUAGAUAAGUGCUACGUCAUUCCUUUAAACACGUCAGUGGUUAUGCCACCUAAAAACUUCUUGGAGUUGCUGAUCAAUAUCAAGGCUGGAACAUACUUGCCUCAGUCAUACUUGAUUCACGAGCAGAUGAUUGUUACUGAUCGCAUAGAAAAUGUGGAUCAGCUGGGCUUUUUUAUCGAUCGCCUCUGUCGUGACAAGGAGACCUACAAAUUGCAGCGCAAGGAAACUCUGAGAGGAAUUCACAAACGUGAAGUGAGUAACUGCCGAAAAAUUCGACACUUUGAGAACAGAUUUGCUGUACAAACCCUCAUUUGUGAACAAUGAGACCACAAUUGUGAUACAAGAUGGAAAGAACCUUGUUGGCCCCACCCUUCAUAUCAUAUGCUGUGAUUUUUAUUUUACAUCGGUUAUGUCAGUAGUGGACCAUCCUUCAUAGCUGAACACCGAUACUUUUCCUUCUGAUGAAACACAGUAUGAUUUUUAUCGUGUUUCCAUAUUUUCAAGAGUGGUUUUUACAUGUUGAAUAGCAAUUGUAUAAUGGCUUAGCUGUUAGUGCGUUUCAUGUAAUGAACCUUGAAGAAAUAGCCGGAGGUCCAUAAUACCUCACAUCUUCUAGCAAAACUGGGUAGAAUGACCCCUCUGAAUUAAAAACAAAAAUAUAUGUACAAAUUAACUGCAACACUUAAGAGAUCUAAUGACAUAUUACUAGUGAUUGCGGGUGGUUUACAGAGAUUGGAAAAAAUUUUGAAUAAAAAGUGCAAUUUCUUGGUGUGUGUGUUUUUUAAAGCAAUCACACUUAACUUUGAUUUUCGUUGUGGUAUUUUAAUAUAUGUCAGCUGUAACAAAGUUAGUCAGUAACUUCAUGUUACUAACCUGUAUAUAAGCUAUAUAUGUGCAAUGGAAAAUAAAUAUUACAAAUCUGUUUGUCUAAAA